CGGUCAGUCAGCUUGCCGGAAACACAUAUUGUUGAUUAGCAGAUAGUUAUUUUCCGGUUUGAUUGGGGCAACUGGUUGUCAACAUUUCCCCUCCUAUCUGUUUGUAGUUAUUUAAUAGAGCAUUGGCACAUUAACAAAGAAAGACAACGCUCGUGCUGGACUGAAGGAAUUGUUAUCAAAACUAAAUAUCUAUCGUGACUGUAGUCAGGCCCGAGCCUGGGCCAACGUUAGCCUAGCAUCCACUGCCGUCUUGCUAGGUAGCGUUAGCUUGUGUUAGCUGUCACUCCAACCUAGUUCAAGAAACCGUUGCCUUAGUCAGCUUAUUCAUAAACACGAUUGAAACAAACACUUCAACACAAUGGCAGUUGUCAACGAAAGUGCCCUAAAGAAAAUGCUGAAGCAAUAUAAAUACAGAGAUCUGACUGUUCGUGAGAUAACCAAUGUCAUCUCCCAGUACAAGGACUUGAAGCCAGUUAUGGAUGCAUAUGUGUUUAAUGAUGGUUCUUCAAGAGACCUGAUGAGCCUAACAGGAACUGUUCCAGUGAGCUACAGAGGCAAUAUCUACAACAUCCCAGUGUGUCUUUGGUUGCUGGACACGUACCCCUACAACCCUCCCAUAUGUUUUGUCAAACCCACAAGUGCCAUGAUGAUUAAAACUGGCAAGCACAUCGAUGCCAAUGGCAAAAUAUAUCUUCCCUAUCUACAUGAGUGGAAACAUCCACAGUCAGAUCUCUAUGGUCUGAUUCAGGUGAUGAUUGUGGUGUUUGGCGAGGAGCCUCCAGUAUUCUCUCGUCCCACCACACAAGCCCCCUUUCAAGCCUUCCAGGCUGCUGGACCUCCUAACCCUUCCUACAUGCCUGGCAUGCCUACAGUGUCCCCUUACACCCCAAAUCCUAACUCAGGUGGCUAUCCAGGAUACCAGUACCCAGGAGGCAACUCUUACCCAGCCAAUGCCGGCCCUGCACUCUACCCCAACCAGACUCCAGUCUCCACAGUGGGCUCAAACAGAGAUGGCACCAUUGGCGAAGACACCAUUCGUGCAUCUCUGAUUUCAGCUGUAAGUGACAAGCUGCGCUGGAGGAUGAAGGAGGAGAUGGACAGAGCUCAGGCUGAGCUGGACGCCCUAAAGCGAACAGAGGAAGACCUGAAGAAAGGGCAUCAAAAAUUGGAGGACAUGGUCACAAGACUGGACCAGGAAGUGGCUGACGUUGACGGGAGCAUCGAGCUGCUCAAGAAAAGGGACGUGGAGCUUAGUGAGGCUUUGGAGAAGAUGGAGAACCAGUCAGAGAACAAUGACAUCGACGAUGUCAUUGUGCCCACAGCUCCUUUGUACAAACAGAUCCUGAACCUUUAUGCUGAGGAGAAUGCAAUUGAAGACACAAUCUUCUACCUGGGAGAGGCCCUUCGACGGGGCGUCAUAGACCUGGAAGUUUUCCUAAAGCAUGUACGCCUCUUGUCCAGGAAGCAGUUCCAGCUUCGUGCCCUAAUGCAGAAAGCCCGCAAGACAGCUGGCCUCAGCGACCUCUACUGACACACACCCACCCAUCCCUGUGUUUAUGCUCUCAUGCUAUCCCCUUCUCCUCUUCUGUUAGUUAUUUACUUUUUAGUGUCUUUGUAUUUCAGCUGCUCACUUUUUAAAUUUCUCUCUAAAACAUGUCCUUUUGAGACAGAAUUCUGAACAGUAGCAGCAUUUGUGAACAACCAAACUUCAACACAGUAAGAUUCUAUAAUGUGAGGCCACUGUUAUAGUACGACACCAUUUGUGUUGUGCAGUAACAGGCCCAACAUUGUUACGUUUGUGCCCUAAUAUUAUGUCAAAAGAACGUUUUCACCACACUGUGAAACCAGGUACUAUGUUUUACACAAAAUCUGCUUAACACACAUGCCAUAUUAGUGAGGUGCGAGCCUAUUCUGUGUACAGUGUACAUGACAUCUGCCCCUAGUGUUUGCAGUGUAACUGGGUUGAUGUAUGGUGGAUUAGUGCGUCAAUCUGUAUAUGCUGCAUUGUGCGUUAGCCCAAAGGUUCUGUUAGCAGUCCUGCCAGACAAAGUCAUUUGUCUAGUAAGCACAAAUUGUUAGGGGCUAGUAGAUGGGGGCUUUGUAGCAAGCCCCAUAUGCCGAGGCCCCUCAUGAUGAAAAGGCAGGGCUAUCGUAUAAAUAGAGGGCAACCUUUUACUAAGGACACAGGUUCAGCUUCAGGAUCUGGGUCAUGUUCAGGAGCCAAAGGGAUCACUCUCCAUACUUUACAAUUGCUGAUCAACAAGGGCCUGAUCUGUUUUUACCCACUGUUGGAUUCUGUUAAUUAGUGAUACCACUGGGCCACACUACAAUAAUGUCCCUGUUCUGUGUGUGUGUGUGUCUUUCUAGUGGUAUGAGGGAGGUUCUCUUACUGUGCUUCAGCUGCUCAGUUCUGUCCUUCAUUCUGAGUGUAUUAACCAGUAAAUGAUGUAUAGUGGUUGUUAUACUCUGGACAGUGUCUAAUGGUUGACACUUGGCAUACUUAGUUAUAUUAGAAAGGAAAUUAUUUUCUUCUACUUUUCUGUUUUCUAUUUUUCCCCCAGCUGUCUGCUCAUUCUCAGUCCUGCUGAGGAGAUCAACUUUCAGUAUAUAGUUGUGAAUAAAGCCAGAGUGAUGGAGGGUACAAAAACUAAAGAUCUAUAGUACUAAUCAAAGAGUUAACUUAUGUAACAUUUGCAAACAGGUUUCAUUUGAGUUAGCCUUUUACUAAAUGCACUUUGAAUUGUAUGUAUCUGCUGUUUAUUUUAUUUCCACUUCAACCAUAGACCACCUGUUCUUUUAUAUCUGUAGAUUAAUGUAAAUCGGUCCAAAUAAAUAUGAUUUGAUGCUG